GGAGUGACCGACCUCCGCUCAGUCACUCCGCGCUCGCGAGUUCGUGUUUAUUUCGGAAUACACUUCAUAGUAAUUCGGUUGGGUGUGUCGCUGAAAUUAAAUAAAAAUAAAUAUUCACCAUGAGCGGCCAACAAUACUACCCGUACAAGUGUACCCCCACGGUGUACCCCGCGGAGCCCUUUGACCCUGCGGCGGAUGCCGAGACCCUCAGGAAGGCAAUGAAGGGCUUUGGCACCGACGAGAAAGCUAUCAUCGAUGUUCUAUGCCGCCGCGGUAUUGUGCAACGAUUGGAGAUCGCUGAAACAUUCAAGACUAACUAUGGAAAGGACCUGAUCAGCGAACUAAAGAGUGAACUGACUGGUAACUUGGAGAACGUGAUCGUUGCGUUGAUGACUCCACUACCUCAUUACUACGCCAAGGAGCUACACGACGCCGUCUCCGGCCUGGGAACUGACGAGGAAGCCAUCAUUGAGAUCCUCUGCACGUUAUCCAACUACGGCAUCCGUACUAUCUCGGCUUUCUAUGAACAAUUGUACGGCAAGAGCUUAGAAUCAGACUUGAAGGGUGACACAUCUGGUCACUUCAAGCGCCUCUGCGUGUCUCUAUGCAUGGCCAACCGCGACGAGAACCAGGGUGUGGACGAGGCGGGAGCAAAGAGCGAUGCCGAAGCACUCGCUAAUGCAGGGGAAGGACAAUGGGGAACUGACGAAUCAGUCUUCAACUCCAUUCUUAUCACACGCUCUUAUCAACAACUGAGACAGAUCUUCGCUGAAUACGAAGCUUUGACUGGUAAAGAUGUGGAGGAAACCAUCAAGAAAGAGUUUUCUGGAAGCAUUGAGAAGGGUAUGCUGGCUAUUGUGAAAUGCGUAAAGAGCAAAGUGGGUUUCUUCGCUGAGCGUUUGUACUAUUCGAUGAAGGGACUCGGUACCAACGACAAGACUUUGAUCAGAAUCGUCGUGAGCCGUUCUGAAAUCGAUUUGGGAGACAUCAAACAGGCGUUCUUAGAUAAAUACGGAAAGCCUUUGGAGACUUGGAUCGCUGAAGACCUAAAUGGUGACUUCAGGAAUGUGCUAGUCACACUUUGUGCUUAAUCCUGCAAAAUAGAUAUAUUUUUGUAGCAUUUGUUAAGCCCUCUACAUACGUUCAUACGUCUGUAGCGGGUUUUAUGUUUUUAGCUUUUGCAUGAUUCGACAUUAGAGAGUUACAAAACGUAUGUAAUAUUUUGCAGGAUGAUACGAAAGGGGACUACAAACGCGUCUUACUCACUCUCGUUUCUUAAGAAAAGCAUAAUAAAGACUACAUUUAAUUUAGAGUCGCUUCAAACUGAGCUAUGUUCCGAUGUGAAACUGCCUUUAUAUUUUUGUGUAACUGUUCAAAUGGUUUUAGAAUAAAAAGCUUGAUAUUUUGUGAAAAUGAGAUAUAUUUAUUGGUGCUGUAGUUUUGUUUAUGAUAUUUACAAUUGAUUAAUAAAACUAUGUAUGUUCAA